AAAUCUGGUGAUAUAAAAGGCAAAGCCCCGCCUCCAGGGGACAGAGCCACGCCCACUCUGCUCGUCCCGCCCCCUAAUGCUCAUGCAAAAGGCGCUGCGGCAAAAUGUCAUUCCAGAGAGAAGGACGGACUCCCUCCCCUGUGCUGCUGAUGCUGCGGUCACUCCUCCUCCGGUCCUCAUCUCCGUCCUUACCGGGAGGAAAAAAACAUCUGAGGAGGAAGAACUCUUCCGUUCCCCGGUGAUGCUGUGACCUUUUCUUCCAGCUGCGCUUCCCGCCUUUUCCCACACUUUUCCUGUCGGUACCGGCGCGUAAAGAAGCACCCCCCCUCCUCCUCCGGACCGUUACUUCCAGAACUUUUGCUUCUCCGGUCCUCCAGGAGCCCAGGCCAGUGCCGUCAUGGAUGUCCUGAAGAGUCACUUGUUGGGGGUCUCGGUGGCCGUGGCGCACGGCGUCUUCUCCGGUUCUUUGAACAUCCUGCUGAAGUUCCUCAUCAGCAACUACCACUUCACCUUCCUCACCCUCAUCCAGUUCCUGACCAGCUUCACCGCCGCCGUCACCCUGGAGACCCUGAGGAGGCUGGGGAGGGUGCAGAUCCCCCCCUUCAGCAUGCAGCUCUCCAAGGAGUUCGCCUCGGUGUGCAUCCUCUCCACGCUGCAGUCCACCCUCACCCUGUGGUCCCUGCGGGGGCUCAGCCUACCCAUGUACGUGGUGUUCAAGCGCUGCCUGCCGCUCGUCACGCUCAGCAUUGGCGCGUGCGUGCUGAGGAACGGCUUGCCGUCUCUGGGGGUGGUGACGGCUGUGGCCAUCACCACCGGGGGAGCCGUGCUAGCAGGUGCCGGGGACCUGACGGGGGAUCCGUUUGGUUACGUCACGGGUGUUCUGGCGGUCAUCAUUCAUGCUGCGUAUCUGGUUCUGAUCCAGAAAACCAGCCUGGACAGCGAGUACGGAGCCCUGACUGCGCAGUACGCCAUCACCAUCAUGGCGUCUCCGGUGCUGCUGGUGUGCUCCGUCAUCUCCAUGGACGCCUUCAACAUGUGGUCGUACGAAGGCUGGAAGGAUCCUCCAAUCCUGGUCAUCUUCAUCCUCUGCAUUUUCAUCGGCUGCGCCAUGAACUUCACCACGCUGCACUGCACCUACAUCAACUCCGCCGUCACCACCAGCUUUGUGGGCGUGGUCAAAAGCAUCGCUACAAUCACGGUUGGCAUGCUGGCGUUCAAGGACGUGGCUCCGACCCGGCUCUUCAUCGGCGGGGUGGUGGUGAACACCGUGGGCUCCAUCACCUACUGCGUGGUCAAAUACUUUGAGACCAAGAAGAAGAGCUUGUACGAGGACCUGGAGAAGGCGGGGGGAGAUGCCCCGCCUCCCGGUGAGCCUUAUAAGGAGAAGCCUCCACUGGAUGGAGACGGGCUGAGCCCCGGUCCUGAACCAGAACCACAAACUGCAGUGGGUUCAGAGGGCAGUGUGGCGAACGAGGCCGCGGCUCCACAUGUUCCCAACGGAGAAUUACAAACAAGAAACGGCGGACCAGGAGACCCAGAAGGAGGUCUGAAAGCCGUGGUCAUGACAGAGAAGGAGGUUCUGGAGAUGCAACGGGAGCACAUCCAUCAGGAGAACGCCACGGCGAGUCAGCCGGUCAGCGACAGCUUUGUUGGAGUGUGGCGGUCCGUUAGAAAUCUGCAGUUCUCCAAGAAGGAAACUUUGGUUGAUAACAUGGAGGUGGAGAGUCCUUAGAGCGCCAGGAUGGCGCCACCUGAGCGGGCGCCGUGGCGGGAAAUCGGGUCUUGACAUUCAGGAAAUGAAACCAGAGGACUAUGACAGACUGGACAUGUAGCAUCCGCAUUUCCUAACCAAUGCCUGAAGGUUAUGGACCUUGGAGCGUCCCGGAGGAAGGGAGCCCCUCAUUUCUGCUCCCCGUUCUUUUAGGCGAAACCACGCGGACGCCGGCGCAGCAUGAUGCGGCCUGGAGUCACAGGGAGGAGCCAGAUCGGGAUGAAAGCAUCCGCUUCGUCACCCGUGGCUGUGGGAAUGUGAGAAACUGGGUUUGCUCGGCUUUUGGUUGGUUUGUGUCCAGAAAAAAAAAAACUUGAAUUGUUCUCUUCAAACAUGCUCAUCACAAAGCUGGAGGUCACCGUCACGCGUUCUUAACCUCCAGCAACAAUCCGGAUUUUUAGGAAAAUGAGACGGCUUCGUAAUACUUGAUAGAACUUUUUCCUUUCACUGGUGGACUGUAACUCUGUGAGCAGGAAUGAGGCUCUGGAGGUUGACAACUGGAUUUCCUAGGCCUCUACUUUCCUACAGUUAAGGAAAAAAAAACAUUUGCUACACAUUUGAUCUGUCGAUUUUGCUGCAAACUUUUCAUCCACGACAAAAAACAACAAAAAAACUGAUUUUUCCAAAAGAGGCAAUUGAUAAAUCUUCUUCCCACAUUCGGACAGAUUUCCUGGUUCCAGCUGGUUGUGGGGACAAAAACUUUUUUUCUUUCUAAAAUAUUCCACUCAGCAUCGAUCAGAGUUUAAUUCUGAUGUUCCGUGAAAAUAAAAUCACAACAAUUUUUGAGAUUUUAUUGAUGAACCGAAGGGUUUCAUUCUAAUCAAAAAUGAAAACAACAAUAGAAACAUUUGUUUGUUCUUCCAUUCUCCACUUGUGAGUCAGAAAUCUGAUGUCAUGCUGUGAUGAUGAUGAUGAUUGAAUGCAAACUUGAAUAAAAUGUUUUUAAAAAGCC